ACUUUACAUUUAACGAUCUGUUUACAUUGCAGAGUGCAGGCGAGUAAAGAGAAUACCAUGGCGGCUGAGGACGAAAACCCAAACAAAGCGCUGACAACCACCAGAUUCUCCGACUUAGACCCUCCACUCUCGGAAGCUGUUCUCGAAGCACUAACCUUGUCCCGUUUCGAGUUCUGCACCCCUGUUCAGGCCGCUACCAUACCCUUGCUAUGCAACUUCAAGGACGUUGCUGUGGACGCCGCCACCGGCUCGGGGAAAACCCUAGCCUUUGUAAUCCCCCUCGUCGAGAUUCUCCGCCGCCAAGGCCCGCCCAAGCCACACCAGGUAAUGGGGUUGAUAAUUUCUCCUACAAGGGAGUUAGCAUCUCAGAUAUUUAAGGUGGCAGAGCCAUUUAUUUCGACAUUAUCGAAAGUGAGGCCGAUACUUUUAGUCGGAGGAGCUGAAGUGAAAGCUGAUAUGAUUAAAAUAGAAGAGGAAGGGGCGAAUUUGUUGAUAGGGACGCCUGGUAGAUUGAAUGAUAUUAUGGAGCGAGUUGAGGCACUGGAUUUCCGCAGCUUGGAGAUUUUGAUUCUAGAUGAAGCCGAUAGACUAUUGGAUAUGGGAUUCCAAAAGCAGAUCAAUGCUAUCAUAUCACGCCUGCCAAAGCAAAGAAGAACAGGCCUUUUUUCAGCCACUCAAACUGAGGCAGUUGAGGAGCUAUCCAAAGCCGGAUUAAGGAAUCCAGUGAGGGUCGAAGUUCGAGCUGAAUCAAAGAGACUUAAGCAUGUAACAUCGUCAGAACAAAUUGCUCCUUCCAAAACUCCUUCACAACUGAGAAUCGAGUAUCUCGAAUGUGAAGCGGACCAGAAACCUUUACAGCUCAUUGAUCUCCUCAAAUAUAAGUUGGGCUGCUUGAAGUUCUCAAUAGAAUACGCGCAACUUUCUUUCUCCUGUAGCUAUUUCAUGACUUGUGCAUGUGUUGAUUACUGGGGAGCUGUUCUUCCACUUCUACCUGCUUUGAAGGGUUUCUCUCUGAUCUCUCUUCAUGGGCAGAUGAAACAGACAGUUAGGGAAAAGGCAUUGGCAUCAUUUACUUCUCUAUCAAGUGGCGUUCUUCUUUGCACUGAUGUGGCCGCUCGUGGGCUUGACAUUCCUGGUGUUGAUUGCGUAUUACAGUAUGAUCCCCCACAAGACCCCACUAUGUUUGUACACAGAGUUGGUCGAACUGCAAGGAUGGGACGUCAAGGAUGCGCAAUUGUCUUUCUCAUGCCGCAGGAGAUAGAGUACGUAGAGUAUCUCAGGAGAAAGAGAGUUCCGAUGGUAGAGAGAAAAUGCACCCAUGAGGCUCCUGAUAUAAUUCCCCAGAUACGUUCGGCUGCCAAAAAGGACCGUGCUAUUAUGGAGAAAGGACUCAGGGCUCUUGUAUCUUACGUCCGUGCUUACAAAGAGCAUCUUUGUAAUUAUAUCUUUAGUUGGAAAAAACUUGAAAUUGGGAAGUUGGGCAUGGGAUUUGGUUUAUUGCAGCUCCCUUCGAUGCCCGAAGUAAAGCACCACUCUCUUUCUACUGCAGGUUUUAUUCCAUGUGAAGAUAUAAAACUGGAUGAUAUCAAGUACAAGGACAAAUCCCGAGAGAAACAAAGAAAGAAGAAACUGCAGGCGAAGCAAGCUGCAGAACAGCAAAAGCCACACAAGCCAAAAAAAGCGGCACCAAAAUCAAAUGCCUCAAACACAGUCAUGAGAAAACAAACUGCCCGUCAGAGACGUGCGGUUCAAUCGACAGAAGAUGCUGACGAGCUGGACAGGGAGUACCGUCUGCUGAAAAAACUGAAGAAGGGAAGAAUUGAUGAAAAUGAAUUUGCGAAAUUAACCGGGACAGAAGAUUUGCUUUGACACUUGUUUAGAAAUCAGAAAGGGAAGUUAGAUAUUUUAGUUGCAACAUAGAAAGCUGGUUUGAAUAUGUGCUAUUUGAUGUGAAUCAUAAUAUGUGCGAAGCUCUGUUUGUGCAAAGUUGGGUUGGAAUUGUAAUAUGCUGAUAUCAUUGUUUAUUUAUUUUUGUUGGGUUGUGGAAUUUUGAGAAAACUGUAAAAUUGAUUCUACAUUAUAUAAUGAAACGCAAAAUUGAUCCCUAUUGUAAUAUUAGCUGCUUUGUACGAACGUGAAAGAAUAAAAUAGAGAGAAUGAUGAGCCGAGACCUAAAUCUGAGAUGAAUGGGCUACUGCAAAGUUCCGAUAAUCUGAAAACGUCUGAUUAC